AUGGAGUGCUUACUUUAUGCAGAUGAUCUUGUUCUAGGGAAAUCAAACACUCCUCCAGAACAAAUGCGCUCACUGACCCUUGAGACAAUCAAUAUCAACUAUCCUGCAGAUAAUUGGCUCCAAGUCUUCACUGAUGGGUCAUUUAUAGAAAACCAAGCAAACGUUAGUGCAGGUGUCUACUCAGAACUCUACUCUUUCAACGCAGUAGCGGGACACAAUAGAUCCGCUUUCGAGGGAGAAAAGGAGGCCAUUAGCCGACUAGCCAAGAAUCAGAAACAGUGGACAGUGGCACUCUUCGAUAUAGCUAGGAGAAAUAGUGGACAGUGGCACUCUCCGACAUACCCGGCUUUCCAGACCUCAAGGUUCAACGAACUCAAAGCUCGAACAACAGAGAAACAGUGGACAGUGGCACUCUCCGACAUAGCCGACUACGAGAAUCGAAGCCGUUGCUGA